AGCAACCCCCCCUUAAAGAUCAAUAAAUCUUUUGUCAGGGUUUCUCCGCAUUAAUCAAAACCAAAACUUUCCCCAUGCGACUCUCCGCGCCCUGUUGAUCAAUCAGCUCUGAGCGGAUGCCGGCAGACGGUUUGUGGUGAGCUCUGUCACUGAGCCUGCGCGGCUCAAUGUGCGCCGACAGGAGGAAGACAGACGCACGGUUGUCUUGGCUGAAGGUCGGUCCUGGUGGCACCGAGGUCCCGCAGGGCACACACGGUACACAGGCGCACAAGUGGCGACUCGGGGGGUGGGUGGGGGGGCUGUACGUGAAACUCAAAGAAGUCGGUAUGGACGGCAAAGGCACGCUGAAGAUGUUCACAAGAAAAAAGCGUGAACUCAUGAAGACGCCAUCCAUCACGAAGAGGAGCAGAGCAGGAAGCCCCGGGCCACAGAGCAGCGCCCCAUCCCUAUCCAUUCUUCAGGAGCAACCUCGUAAAGAUGCCGGAGAUGCUGCUCUCUCUUCUUCACCCAAUGUUCCCCCCUCCACUCUCAGCCCAAACACUGCAGGCCUGUUGGACCCCUCCAUGUCCUGUCCCGGGACCCCCAGUGUCCAGCACAGUAAGAUGCAGGGGAUGAACUGUCCCUCUCCUGUGGGCACACUGCGGAGGCCUACUUCACUCAGUAGGCAUGCUAGUGCAGCAGGUUUUCCCCUACAGUCAUGGGUGUUCACUCGGGGGCAGGCGAGGGGUGCUCUGACCCCCACUGCGCAGGUGGACAGUCCUGAGAGCACAGCCCUGGAGGUGGAGGACAUCCCGGCUCUGCUCCGGGAUGUGGCACGCUUCGCUGAUGCGGUGGAUAAACUCAAGGAUGUGGUAAUGGUCGAAGGUAAGGAGAGCCAGCGUCCUGUAGCCCACGAGUGUUUGGGAGAGGUCCUCCGGGUGCUGCGGCAGGUCAUUAACACAUACCCUCUGCUCAACACUGUGGAGAUCCUCACCGCCGCCGGCAAGCUUAUAUCCAAAGUCAAAGGUUUCCACUAUGAGGCACCCAAUGAAGCAGACAAAAUGGAGUUUGAGAAAGCCAUCGAGACCAUUGCAGUUGCCUUUAGCAGCAAUGUGUCUGAACUGCUCAUGGGAGAGGUAGACAGCAGCACCCUGCUCUCACUACUGCCCACAGAGAAGAGCAGGUCAAUGGAAAACCUAUAUGCUGCUGCCGGCGAAGCUGGUCAGUUCAGGGGGGAUCUACAAGACAUGGGCCGGGUGGAGGAGGUAGAUGUGAUCCUCCAGCGCAGUGAGGGAGGGGUGGACUCCGCUCUGCUCUAUGCCAAAACCAUCUCCAAAUACAUGAAGGAUCUGAUCAGCUACGUAGAGAAGAGGACCUCGCUUGAGAUGGAGUUUGCAAAAGGUCUCCAGAAAUUAUACCAGUCCUGCAAACACAGCAUCACACAUCCACACAUGCCUCUGUUCUCCAUCUACUCUUUGGCAUUGGAGCAGGACCAGGAGCAGAGUGUGGGACUGCAGCAGGCCAACACCACUCUGCAUAGCCAGACCUUCAUACAGCCCUUGAUGCAGCGUAAACAAGAACAUGAGAAAAAAAGAAAGGAUAUCAAGGAGCAGUGGAUUCGAGCUAAAAGAAAAUUGUUGGAGUGUGAGGUGAACUUAAGGAAGGCAAAGCAGUCCUAUGCGGCUCGCUGUGAAGAGUACGAAAAGGCCAAAGCAGCAGCCAGUCGAGCCGAAGAGGAGGGAGCAGGGUCUACCGCCAAAACUGUGGAGAAGAAGAAACGCUUGGAGGAGGAGGCUCGCAACAAGACUGAUGAAGCAGAGGCCACGUACCGGACAUGUAUCGCAGACGCCACAACACAAAGACUGGAACUGGAGCACACCAAAGUCACUGUCCUCCGACAACUGCAGGAUGUCAUCAAGCAGAGUGACCAGACACUGCGAUCGGCAACAAUCUCGUACUACCAGUUGAUGCACAUGCAGACAGUGGCUUUGCCAGUGCACUACCAGACUCUGUGUGAGAGCAGUAAACUGUACGACCCGGGACAGCAGUAUGCUGCUCACGUCAAAGACUUGCAGCUGCCCGAGCAGCCCCCCGUCCAUUACACCUUUGAGACCUACUCCCCCAGCUCCUCCUCACACCAUGGCCAUAGGCCGAGAAAUGAUAGUUUCAACACGGAGCCUCCAAGUCACUCUGAGAGUCCAGCUACUCAACAGGACAAGGAGACUGAGGCACAGAGAAAGAGACAAGGACACAAAUCCUGGGGCUCGACAGUGAGUGACGACAGUGUUGGAGGAGAAGGUCUGGACUCUCCAACAGCUAGCACAGGUGACAUCAGUAAAAUCCCCCGAACAUCCUCUACUUGCACGGUCUCGUCUAAUGAAGAUGUGGAUGAAAAAGAUGGAAAUGUUGCUUCAUUUGAAUCUCCAAAUAUCAAUGGUAUGGAUCCUGAUGUGGUUGUGUCUACCAGACCCUUUCGUAACAUUGGUUUAUCUAAAGCUGCUCAGACACACAGACUCAGAAAACUCAGGACUCCAUCCAAGUGCCGUGAAUGUGACAGUUAUGUGUAUUUCCAGGGGGCCGAGUGUGAGGAGUGUUUCUUGGCCUGUCACAAACGCUGUCUGGAGACUCUGGCAAUUCAAUGUGGCCAUAAGAAGCUGCAGGGCCGUCUGCAACUGUUCGGGAGGGAGUUCUCUCAGGUGGCUAGCUGUGCCAGUGACGGCAUCCCCUUCAUUAUCACGAAAUGUAUCUCAGAGAUCGAGAGAAGGGCACUUAAAAUGAAGGGCAUCUACAGAGUCAAUGGAGUCAAGACUCGUGUGGAGAAGCUUUGUCAGGCAUUUGAGAACGGCAAAGAGCUGGUGGAGCUGUCCCAGUGCUCUCCUCAUGACAUCAGCAAUGUGUUGAAACUUUACCUUAGGCAGUUGCCAGAGCCCAUCAUGCCAUUCCACCUAUAUAACCACCUGAUGGGGCUGGCAAAGGAGAGCCUGCACAGUGACGAAGCCACAGAGGGGGAAGAGUCUUGUGGUCCCACUGUUGGAAAAGGUCCCGAGCUGGUCGACCUUGGCCCAGAUACUGAUCCUGAGAUCUUAAACCUCAUUGAAAAACUGAAAGAACUUCUGAAGGAGCUGCCCAAGGCCAACAUCGCGACACUGCGCUACAUCAUACGACACCUCAGACGGAUUGCAGAGCUGGAGGAGGAUAAUAAGAUGAGUCCUAGUAACUUGGGUAUAGUUUUUGGACCGUCCUUGAUGCGCCCACGUCCCACCGGAGCCACAAUCUCUCUGUCCUCUUUGGUGGACUAUCCACACCAGGCCCGCAUUGUGGAGGCCCUCAUCGUAUUCUAUUCAACCAUUUUUCAGUCAAAAUUGUCAAACAAAAGUGGGCGUUCUGCAUCCGUGUCAGUUCAACCAAGCGCCAUAAUAGAUGAGAAGUCUAUGAGCUCCCCUGAUGAAGAGGACAAGGUGGGAGAGGAGAAAGAGAUAGAAGACAAAAUUAAAACAGAGGAGGGGUGCAGUAGUUCUUUGGGAUCGCUAGGCUCCAAUGAGCAGCUCUCGGACUCUGAACUGGAGGAGGAGACUCAGGUGACUCUGAGCCGGACUCUGGUCAAACAGGAGAGUGAGGCCAGUCUGGACGAGGACCAGCUCAGCUAUCGGGACAGUUUAGACAUGUCCAGUGUCUCUGCCUUUCACACAGAUGCUGAACCAGAAGAAGACAGUCCUAAAUGUGAAGAGGCACCAACUCCGCCCAACUGUUGUCCCCCUGAAGAAGAUACUCCAACUGAGGAGGAAGUUGGUGCGUCUUUGGCCAAUCUCAACCUGAAUCAAAACAACAACUACCCCUGCUCCCCCGUUCUAAACCUGCCAGGGCUACCUCUGGCACCCCUUGGCGGGAAGAAGUUACCCCUUACAAGGAACAGGGACAGUGAACCUGAGUUUGUCUGAAAUUAUGAAGAAAAUUGUGUGAAUGAGCUAAAGGAUUUUUUAGAGACUAAUGAGUUUUUAUAUUUUAUACAUGUGUAUCUGUUAGACUGUAAGAUCUAUGCAUUCAUGCUGUUGACUUCACAUUUGAAUGAUGGGGAAAUGUUUUAAUCCACAAAGUUUAAUUUUGCAGUACUUAAAAUUUAAUAUUUUUCUAAUGCUGAAAUGACUUGUUCUUGUUCAUUCAUUUUAAUAAAACCCAAAUUAUA